AAGAUUAUUUUCCCUAAACUAAUCCAUGCUGCUGGGCUAGGCCAGCACUGAUUGGCCCAGGCAGCUGAUAUAAAGGCAAGAUGCAAACGCAGGCAAAUCUUAGCGAAGGAGCCUGGAUCGUUCCUCUGGACUGACUCUGCUACACGGAGCUGGAGCAACCCAUUUCUUCCUGCCUGAACAGCUUGUGCUCCUCAGCCCUGGGCUUUGCAGAGCAGAGGAGUCCGCAGCAGACCCAGGUUUUGUUGAGUAUUCCAAAAACUGAAAGCCACCAUGGCUCUGACCAGUGCCUUCAAGACUGUUACCAACACACCUGGACUGAUCAUCUGGAGAAUUGAGAAAAUGGAUCUAGUGUUGGUGCCCCCGAAAGCUCAUGGCAGCUUCUACGAAGGUGAUUGCUACGUCCUCCUCUCGACCCGUAAAUCGGGCAGCGCCCUGUUCUAUGACAUCCACUACUGGAUUGGGAAACGUUCCUCGCUGGAUGAGCAGGGCUGUGCCGCCAUCUAUACCACCCAGCUGGAUGACUACCUGGGUGGGGUUCCCGUGCAGCAUCGGGAGGUGCAGGGCCACGAGUCUGAGCUCUUCAAGGGCUACUUCAAGCAAGGUCUCAUCUACAAGAAAGGGGGUGUUGCGUCUGGGCUGAACCACGUGGAGACCAAUGUCCACAACGUCAAGCGUCUGUUGCAUGUCAAGGGCAAGAGGAAUGUGACAGCUGCAGAGGUGGAGAUGAGCUGGGACAGCUUCAAUGUCGGUGACGUUUUCCUACUGGACCUUGGCAAAGUCAUUGUGCAAUGGAAUGGACCGCUGAGCAACAAGCAGGAGCGCAUGAAGGCGAUGCUUCUGGCCAAAGAUAUCCGUGACCGAGAGCGUGGGGGCCGGGCUGAGAUCGGGGUGGUGGAGGGCGAGGUGGAAGAAGCCAGUCCAGACUUGAUGAAGGUGAUGGAGAGCGAGCUUGGGGAGAGGUUGCAGGGAAUCCAACCUGCCAUUCCUGAUGAGGUGGUCGAUCAGCAGUGGAAGACAAACGUCUCACUCUAUCGUGUCUCGGACUCCGGAGGGAAAAUGCAAGUCACAGAAGAAGCCAAACGGCCCCUCAUGCAGGAUAUGCUGAGCCAUGACGACUGCUACAUUCUGGAUCACGGCGGGAUGAAAAUCUAUGUCUGGAAGGGCAAAGGAGCCACUAAGACGGAGAAGCAAACAGCCAUGUCUAAGGCCUUGGAAUUCGUUCAGAUGAAAGGCUACCCACCCAGCACCAACCUGGAAACUGUUCAUGACGGGGCAGAGUCAGCCAUGUUCAAGCAGCUGUUCCAGAAAUGGACAGUCCAGGACCAGACCGUGGGGCUGGGAAGAACCUACAACGUUGGCAAAAUUGCUAAGGUCGCCCAAGAGAAAUUUGAUGCCACCCUCUUGCAUGCCCGGCCAGAGUUGGCAGCCCAGGAGAGAAUGGUAGACAGCGGGGAAGGAAAAGUGGAGGUCUGGAGGGUUGAGGACCUGGAGCUGGUUCCAGUGGACCAUCGAUGGCAUGGAUACUUCUACGGUGGAGACUGCUACUUAGUCCUGUACACCUAUGAGGUCAACAGGAAACCCUAUUACAUCUUGUACAUUUGGCAGGGACGCCAUGCCACGGUGGACGAGCUUGCGGCUUCAGCCUACCACGCAGUGGAGCUGGAUCAGCAGUACAACGGGGAGCCUGUGCAGGUGCGGCUGAGCAUGGGCAAAGAGCCGCACCACUUCUUGGCCAUCUUCAAAGGCAAGCUUGUCUUCUUUGAGGGCGGGACAUCCAGGAAAGGCAGGAGCGAAGCGGAACCGCCAGUGCGCCUCUUCCAGAUCCGUGGAACGGACAGCUCCAACACGAAGGCGGUAGAAGUGCCGUCUCUGGCUGCCUCUCUCAAUUCCAACGAUGUCUUCUUGCUGAAGACCCAGACGGACCAUUACUUGUGGUAUGGCAAGGGUUCCAGUGGCGAUGAACGGGAAAUGGCCAAGGAGCUGGCCACUACCCUUUGCAACGGGAUUCAGGAGAUGGUAGCAGAAGGGCAGGAGCCCCCCGAGUUUUGGGAGCUGCUUGGAGGCAAAGCCCCCUACGCAAGUGAGAAAAGGCUGCAGGAGGAGGUCCCUGAUCACCCUCCACGGCUUUUUGAAUGCUCCAACAAGACUGGAUGCUUUGUAGCCAUCGAGAUCACAGACUUUACCCAAGAUGACCUCAGUGAAAGUGAUGUGAUGAUGCUGGAUACCUGGGACCAGAUUUUCCUAUGGAUUGGCAAAGAAGCCAACGAGACAGAGAGGAAGGAGGCAUUGACGAUGGCUCAGGAAUACCUGCAGACCCACCCCAGCGGGAGGGAGACCGACACCCCCAUCUUCAUAAUCAAGCAAGGUUUUGAGCCACCCAACUUCACAGGCUGGUUCCUGGCUUGGGACCCAUAUCGGUGGAGUGAAGGAAAGACAUAUGAGCAGCUGAAGAAGGAACUGGGAGAUGCCAACAACAUUGUCAGAAUCACGGCUGAUCUGAGUGGUGCAUCCCUCAACCCGAGGCCUGGGACCUUGGAAAGCAGCAACUGCCCUACCUACCCUCUAGAAGUCCUGCUGUCCAGCCAGGAUGAGCUACCAGAAGAUGUGGAUCCUGCUAAGAAGGAGAAUUUCCUGUCAGCACAAGACUUCCUCCAAGUCUUUGGGAUCCCCAGGGAAACGUUUGCUGCUCUCCCUAGUUGGAAGCAACUCAACAUGAAGAAAGAGAAGGGGCUUUUCUGAAGAAUAAGCGUUUCUCGAGGUGGAAGAGAUGACACCCGCACUCAGUUCCUAUUGAUUUGGGGGCAGGACCCCUAGCCAGAAGCAGCUGAGCCAGCAAAGGGAGCUGCGUUAUGUAUCACGUUUGUGCCUAAAUUGCGCUUUGAAGGUUGGGUUCGUAUCUUUUACUCAAGGCUGCUGUUGUCCAGGAACUUUAAAAACAACAACAAAAAACGGCUUCACCACUGCAAGUCUACCAUGGUGAGGAAACCAACUCAAAUGAAGCAGGCAGAACUGAAUUUCAGAAGAUCCACAGGCAACAGCCGUCUCUGCUCUUGGCUAUCGGCUGCGCUUGAUGCAAAUUAAGUAGCCACGCUGUGGCGGUUGGAAAUCCAAGCCACGCGAUGGCUGGCUGCUUUGUGUGAAUUGGGCCUUGUAGAGUGCAUACCUAUAUUGCAAACAUUAAAAGCCGGCUUCACUGUCCUUAA